AUGGAGGAUAAUUGCAGCGCUUACUCGAAGCAGCUUCUACACGACUUUCACGGGGCCUUCGAUCAACGACUUUUCGCGCAGUUUCAAGAUGAUUCACAGCAAUUGGUAGUCGCCGUUCAGCAAUUCCACGAUCAAUUUCUGCGCGACCAAAAGAAGAUAAAACUUCUGAAUCGACGAAUCGAGGAAUUAGAGGAAGAGGCUUUAAAAUGCAAGGACGUCACACGCAAGCUGGAUCACGAGUUGAAAGAUGCAAGAAGUCAGUUUGCGGCACAACUCGAGGAGAAUCGCCUUCUCAAACUACGCAACGGCAAAGCUUUCAAGGCGGAGCUGAAUCAAAGCUUGCGCUGUACUUCAAGAUUUGCACAAAACAAGGCCAAUGACUUCUCACAAGAGGCAACGCAGACGAGUGAUGACUGCACAACAGGCUCAGAAGAGAACCUCCUUGAGCAACCCCGUCGGCUCGCUCGUCUCAACGCUACACCUAAGAAGAGGGCAACAAAAAGACGAUCACGCUCGGUCCACAUUGGAGAAUUUGCGAAUAGCACAUCGGCUGCUCAAGAAAUCACUCCAAAAGCAGUCAAUUAUCAGAUAUCUGGAGCAAUCAGAGCAAUCGCAGAUCGGAGUCAAAGCAUUGAAAAUCUCGACAGCAGACAACUUGCAUGUCAGCAUGUUUCAAACGUCAUAGACGACAGCAUCCUUCAAAAGAAUAAACCAAUCAUGCGUGUCGGCUCUCGUCGGAAUUGGACAUACGGCCGGCCAAUUGAAGAACGUCAACACAAAUUUGUCAAAGCUUCGAUCAUCAAGAUGACUACAUGUGAUUUUUGCUAUGGCCCGAUCUAUUUGACCGGUCGAGCCUCGCUUCGAUGCAGCGAUUGCCAACAAUUUACCCACGAGGCUUGCAAAGCACAAUUGUCGAUUCCUUGUGUGCCACGCGCUCCAAAGACUCCGAUGAAAAACCGAAUGGACGGUGUACGAAUUCAAGACUAUUGCCCGGCUUCAGCGCCGAUGAUCCCCUACCCAAUCAUUCACUGCGUUGUGGCACUUGAACGACGAGGUGCACUCAAUCAAGACGGCCUCUAUCGUGUCGCUGGUAAAAAACAACAGGCUAUUCGUUUAUUGCAAUUACUGAAGACUUCGCGUGGCGUUCCAAAGAUGGACCUUUUCGAGAACGAUGUGAUAGCUGAUUGUAUCAAAGAUUUUCUGCGAGAAUUCAGGGAUCCGUUGAUUCCAAGAACUUCACGCACUGAGUUCAUCGAGGCGGCUACAAAGAAAAACCACGUCGCGUUAAACAAGGCGAUCGCCGAUCUGCCACAACCACACCGGGACACACUCGCUUUUCUCUGCAUUCAUUGGCAAAAGGUGGUCGCCAGAAAAGAUGCGAAUAAGAUGAGUGUAGAAAACUUGGCUCGAUUCGUCUCUCAAUCUGUCUUGGGCCCUGACCUCAGAAGUACCAACAUUGCCGCCACUCAUCUUGAAGCCAGACGCUGUGUUACUCUUCUUGUUACGCUUUUAUCCAAAGCGACGAAAGAAUGGGAAGAGAUAUUAAACCCAAUGACAAGCAUAGCCACGCCAAGCGUUUAUUCGAAAGAGUUCUUGCAUGUGGAUGUCAGCAUCCUGGGGCCAAUCACGAACGAUGAUCCUAGCGAUUCGCCGACUCCAAAGCGAGCUCGUCAAAAGAAACUUUUCGAUGAUCCUUUU